AUGGCUCUAUUUGGGCUACUUUAAGAAGCAAAGCUCUGACUUCUAAGUACAUGGAUGUGGAUGAAAGCUGCAAAACUGAGCUUUGUAAGUUCACGAGCGUCUCGCAUAGGGUGGUGAAAUAACUCAGCACUAUUCAUCAGCUGUAGCUGUUAUGUCAACUAAUAUACACAAGGAGUUGGAACUCUGGAGAAUUGAGUGAGGCUAUUCAGAAAGCACAUGGAUUACAGCUGAUCAGACAUCAGAGCAUGGAGACCUUUUCAGAGGAGGCAGGUUGGGAUGGAUCUGUCAAUGCAGCUGUUGGAUGGACCAACUUCUCUUCAAUCUCUGAGCAUGCUGGAGUCAACAGUACUUUCAGAGGAGGAUCAUACUUCUGGUUGGUUUCUCAGAACAGCUCAAUAAACCAGACUCCACCAACUGCUCUGCCCAGACAGCGGGACAUGGUUCUUGCUCAGGCAGAGAUUGGAGUUCUGGGUCUAGUUCUUGCUCUCACGACACUUGGGAACAGCUUUGUACUAUGGGUUCUGCUGAGGAGACGCAAAUAUAAUGCACCCAUGCACCUAUUUAUGGUCAAUCUGUGUGUGGCAGAUCUUGUGGUGGCAUUCUUUCAGGUGCUCCCUCAGCUUGUAUGGGAUAUCACAGAGAGAUUUCAAGGUCCUGAUGUAUUGUGCCGCUCAGUGAAAUAUCUCCAGAUUGUGGGAAUGUUCGCAUCCUCUUACAUGAUUGUUGCUAUGACAGUGGACCGCCAUAAUGCCAUAUGCUGCCCCCUGCAGGCUUACAAAGGAGGAGCCAUUUCACGCUGGAAUAAGCCCAUCAUGGCUGCCUGGGGUCUAGCUCUUGUUCUUAGUGUGCCACAGGUUUUUAUUUUCUCCAAGUCAGAGGUCGCCCCAGGAGUGUUCGAGUGCUGGGGGCACUUUGCUGAGCCCUGGGGACUGAAGGCUUAUGUUACCUGGAUGACUCUUGCUGUGUUUUUGCUUCCUACCUUUAUCAUCACCAUCUGUCAGGUACGAAUAUUCAAAGAGAUCCAUGACAACAUCUACCUGAAAUCAGAGUGUGUGGUUUCUGCUGACAUGAAGAAGAACAUGGUGCUUUUUCACUUUCCCAGCCUCAAAAAGCAGGACAGCUACUGUCCGAAUGAUCUAACCUCACAGACUCGCACUUACAGUUCACAGUCCCCUGAUGUGCUGCCUCACAUUCAGACUCACCAUCAUACCAUCUGUAACAACUCUGCCUCUGUCCAGGACUACAACCAGAGCAGAAUCCCUUCUGCUGGGCCUCACAGUGCUUGCUGUGAUUCCUCAAGUGCUUCCUCUGUUCCUCUCAGGAAUUCCUACAACCCAACUGAGGACUGCAACACUUCAUCAAUCCCCUCUUUCCCACCAUGCCCCCUUCCUCCACCUUUCAAAGGUGUUUCCAAAGCUAUGUCUAAAACAGUGAAGAUGACUCUGGUCAUUGUGCUCGUCUAUACCUUGUGCUGGUCACCCUUCUUCAUCGUACAGCUCUGGGCUGCCUGGGACCCCAACCCACCUGACCAAGGUGUGGCUUUCACCAUCCUGAUGCUAUUAGCCAGUCUGAACUCCUGCACUAACCCAUGGAUCUACACAGCAUUUUCCAGCAGUGUGUCCUGUGAGAUUCUCGCUCUGUUGCGUUGUCGCCCAAAACCGCCCCGCAGGAGCUCACUGCACGACCACUCCAGUGACAUAAACACCUCCACCACCAAGGACAACCAGUUCUGAACCCCACAGAAUAACAAAGUCACCCUCCUCUUAAGUGUCAGCAGAUGUGGAGAUUUAUAGCUGCAGGUGUAUCGGCCCCACGCACUGUGAUAUAGAAGGUUUAAUGACAUCCUGUUGCCAUGAGUUAUUGCAAGACUGAACAUUCCGUUCAGGGCAACUGAAGAUGCAGCUUUGACAGAGUGAACCAUAUAGCAGCAUGGCAUAUUAAUGACCAAACAAAAUCAAUGUAUGACAUGAGGAUGAAUUCAUGAGCAUUUAAUGUAAACAGGGCACAUACUCAAUAGACCUCUGAAUAUGAGGCUGAUCUUUGUUGUUUCAUCCAUCAGAAUAUAAAACUUAAUGAACUUAAUUACACUCCAAAGAAACAUGAAAUAAUUUAUUAAACCAUGUAUUUUAUGAAACAGCUGAAGUAUUGUGGACAAUUGUGAGUCGGAUAAAGAUAAGAGUCUUAACUGCUGCAGAGGAGGGAGGGAUCAAGG